GAAGAAAAUUAGAAGAAGGGAAUCAUCAUUGCACCGUGGAAUACGUUAAAUCUCCUGAAUGUGUGGCAUGCCGACCUUCAGUCACUUGGACCCAUACAGCCACAGGGUAGCCCAGACCCCGAGCGGUGCCACUCAACCAGACCCUCACUCUGUCCCGCCAUAAUUUCGCCUCCAACCUGUCCUCGAGACAUCCCCCUCCAGUCCAAAACAGCUUCAGCGCGAUCAACCCGCACGACGACGCGCAACGAUGGCUUUCGCCGACAUCUUGGAAGCGCUCCUCACGCCGUCCCUGCCCAUCCUCGCCCUGGGCAUCCUCAUCAUCAUCGGCGCGCCCCUGCUCCUCCACAUCGCCCUCGCCUCGUCCUCGACCUACAUCACGCCGCCGACCGUCCUCCUCCUCGGGCCCCUGGCCUCAGGAAAGACAUCGCUCCUGACCCUCUUUGAGCGCGGGACGCCCGCGGAGACGCACACGUCGCAGUCGACGACGAGCGUCGAGCUCAAUGCCUCCACGGACGCGGACUCGAAGCAGAGUUUCCGGAACCACGACGACACCAGUGGGACGCACACCAAGUUCAUCCUCGUCGACACACCGGGGCAUGGGAAGCUGCGCAACUUGGCGUUUGGCAAGCUCGAGCGCGCCGAGACGCUCAAGGCCAUUGUCUUUGUGGUGGACGCGGCGGCCCUGAGCGAGCAGGAUGUCCUGUCGACCACGGCGUCGUACCUCUACGACGUCCUCCUGCUUCUGCAGAAGAGGGCCGCGGACAAGAGCAAGACGAAGAAGAGCGUUGUGCCGGUCAUGAUUGCGGCGAACAAGAUGGAUCUAUUCACGGCGCUGCCGGCUACCAUGGUCCGGACGAACCUGGAAGUGGAGCUCACGAGGAUCCGGGCCACGCGCAGCAAGGGACUGCUCGACUCGGGCGUCGGCAUGGACGAUGUGGGCUCGGAGGACCAGGACGCCUGGCUGGGCGAGUAUGGCUCUGAAAAGUUCUCGUUCAAGCAGAUGCAGGAGUUUGACAUUGACGUGGAUGUCCUCCCCGGGAGCAUCACUGGCGAGGAGGGCACUGGGGCGGACAAGUGGUGGUGGUGGAUUGCGCAGAAGAUAGCAAAUGCGUGA